GCUGUAAGCCAUUACCCCAUGUUAUUCUGUAUUAUUAUCAGAAUCUCAAAAGUUAUGUUCUCUCUGUCCAAAACAGAGCCAUGAAUUCUAUGAGAGGAAACCUCUGCAAGCCUACUGUAUUCCAUCUCUCUCUUUACUAAUUGAUUGAAGCACUACAGUACUGCUGCUUGUUCCGAGUUCGUGAGGAGGAAGAUGGCAGCUGAAUUUGUGCUCACUUUCGCUGCUGAGGGAAUUCUGACCAAGGUGUCUUUACUUGCCUCUCGAGAACUCACUCUUUCUUGGGGGUUCAAGGCCGAACUGAAGAAGCUCGGAGAGUCCUUAUCCAGCAUUCAAGAUCUCUUACGCGGCGCUGCGGAUCAUCAGGACAAGGCAGUAGAGAAGUGGGUCAAGAAACUGAAAGGCAUAGCUCACGAGGCAGAUGAAGUGUUGGAUGAAUUCAACUAUGAAGUUCUCAGGCGCGAAGUGGAACUGCAAAACCACAUGAAGAGAAAGGUACUCAACUUCCUUUCUGCCUCUAAUCCCCUUUUGUUUCGUCUCAAAAUGGCGCGUAAGAUUAAGAAGAUCAAUGAUGCUUUGGUGGAGCUUAAGAAUGAUGCAGCUCCCAUCAACUUGGUUGCAAAGCCAAGCCCUGGAGGGGAACAGCCGGAUCGAGAUCAAACGGAUUCAGUUUUUGAGAAUGAUGAAAAGGUUGUUGGAAGGGAGGAUGUUGUGUCAAAAAUAGUUGAGAGCUUGACCAACUCCAACAAUCAGCAGCAUCUUUCGGUUAUGGCCGUUGUUGGAAUGCCUGGACUGGGAAAGACGACUGUGGCUAAAUCAGUGUACAAUGAACCUGCCAUAGAUACACACUUCCAUAAGAAAAUAUGGGUGUGCGUAUCAAAUACUUUUGAUGUCGAUGUGAUUUUAAGCCAGAUGUUAGAAUCUCUAACGAGGCAUACUGCUGCAGGAAUGAAAAAUCGAGAUGCAUUGAUUAAUUCUCUUCGAGAUGAGUUGACAGAGAAAAAAUAUGUUCUUAUACUAGAUGAUGUAUGGAGCGGGGAUAAAUCAAAAUGGGAGAGUUUGAAGAGUUGUUUGUCAAAGCUGAAUUCUUCUCCGGGAAGCAGCAUUAUCAUCACCACCCGCAGGGCCGAUGUGGCAUCUAUUGCUGAAACGUCUAUUGCUAAAAUACUCCCCAGACCUGAACUGAGAUAUCUAUCAGAUGAAGAAUGUUGGUCCAUUCUGAAGCAAAGAGCAUUGAAUUUAGAGGUGAAUGAUGUCAUUGAUGCAGAUCGAGAAAGGAUUGGGAGGGCGAUUGCUGAAAAGUGUGGAGGAGUACCCUUAGCUGCAAAGGUUUUGGGAAGCAUAAUGCGCUCUAAAACUAGUAGAGAUGAAUGGUUGGAAAUUCAAGAAAGUGAAAUAUGGGACUUACCUGGAGAAGAGGAUAGAAUCAUGUCGGUAUUGAAGUUGAGUUUUAAUAACUUGAAGUCACUGCCUUUGAAGCAAUGUUUUGCAUAUUGCUCAAUGUUGAAGAAAGAUUUCGAAGUUGAAAGAGAUAAUUUGAUCCAACUUUGGAUGGCUCAGGGAUUGCUUCAGCUGUCUACUGACAAUCAUGAUGAAAUGGAGGAUACAGGCAAAAAAUAUUUUGAUACGCUAUUGAAAAACUCCUUAUUUCAAGAGGUAACUAAAGGUAGCACUAUUACCAAGUACACGAUGCACGAUCUUGUGCAUGAUCUUGCAGAAGAAGUAUCCAAAAGUGAGAGCUUGACACAAGAUUUGAAUGAUACAUGCGAGGUUCGACAUGUUGCACGUAUUCCUCCUUCAACAUUAGAAAACUUGUCAGAAGUGACUGUGAGGAGAUUGCACUCACUAUUUUCAAAUGAUCAGGUCCCAGAUAUCAUUUUCUGCAAGGUUAGAGUAUUGCGGGUCUUAAGUUUACAAGGGCCAAAAAUUCAAGAGUUGUCAAAUUCAUUUGGCAAGUUAAAGCACUUGAGAUAUCUAGACGUCUCAUAUUCAAGAAUCAAAGCACUUCCCAAGUCAAUUGGCAAGCUCUAUAACCUUCAAACAUUGAGAAUGCAGGGUACUUAUAAUCUUAAAGAGGCUCCACGGGAAAUGCAAAACUUGAUCAACUUGAGGCAUCUUUAUUUUGAGAAGCUUAUGGAAUUUCCAGCUGGAAUAUUCAGGGGAUUAGCUAAUCUCCGAACAUUGUCUUAUGUUAAUGUGGGUAAGGAGAUGGGUCUUGGAAUUGAGGAAUUGGUUGGCUUGAACCAAUUGAAAGGUGAAUUAAUCAUUCGUAAUCUGGAAAAUAUAAGGGAUGAAGAAGAAGCAAAGAAGGCAAAAUUAGAGGACAAGAAAAAUGUACUGGAGCUAAGUUAUGUAUGGGCAAGAAGCAGAAGCAAUCCAGAAGGUUUGGAGAGUAGGCCGAGGAGCAACAUUAAUGACGAGAAUGUGCUAGAAGGACUCAAACCACAUACCAAGUUGGAGAGCUUGAGGAUUGAAAACUUCAUGGGUGAUAAAUUUCCUUCAUGGAUGAUGAGAAACCCUCUGCCUCUCAACAAUUUGAAGAAGGUCCGCCUUUUUGGCUGUCGUAGAUGCGAAGGGCUCCCAAUACUAGGCCAUCUACCGGGUCUUGGACAUGUCGAGAUUUCUGAAAUGCAUAACCUAAAACGCUUGGGAAGUGAAUUGUAUGGUUACAAUCCUCGUGCGGCUUCACGAGAGAAGGAGACAAUGGUCUUAUUUCCAGCACUGAAAACAUUAAUCAUUAGGCAGUGCGGUGAGCUAACUGAAUGGAUGGAAGCACCCACAACGAUGACAUCGUCAACAAGUAAAGUAGUGGUGUUCCCUUGCUUGGAGAAGUUGACUCUCGGGAGUUGUCCCUUAUUGAGAAAUGCUCCAAGUCAUUUCCCAUCUCUCAAGGAGUUGUCGAUAUGGGGCAUGGACAGCGAGAAGCCGAUGGCAAGUAUAUGCAAUGAAGUGAGCACUCUGACUUCUCUCAAGAUAGAUAACAUCAAGGGGCUUACUUCGCUGUCCUCGGAGAUGCUGAAGAAGAACAAGAAUCUCACAUCUUUGGAGAUCUGGAAUUGUGAUGAGAUGAUUCGUAUUGCUCCAAAUGUAUUUGGCUGCUGCGCAAAUCUUAGGGAGCUGAAGAUUCGGAAUUGUAAAAAACUGGAGCAUCUAGCCGAGGGUCUAGACACGCUCCCUCUCCUCGAGAAGUUGACGAUAGAUGGUUGUCCUACACUAGAGUUCAUUCCGAUUGACCAUGACAUGGCAUCCCUCCGCGAAUUGGAGAUAGAAGAUUGUGAUGGAUUAUCUAGUAUUGGCCUACUCGAUCAUUGCACCUCUCUACAAGAAUUGGAGAUAAGCGGAUGUGGAAAUCUAACAUCCAUUCCAAUCUCACAAGGCCUUGCAUCUCUCCACAAAUUGGAUAUUUGGAAUUGUGAUGCACUAUCUAGUAUUGGGAUACUCGAUCACUGCACCUCUCGACAAGAAUUGGAGAUAAGCAGAUGUGGAAAUCUAACAUCCAUUCCAAUCUCACAAGGCCUUGCAUCCCUCCGCGAAUUGGAGAUAGUAGAUUGUGAUGGAUUAUCUAGUAUUGGCCUACUCGAUCAUUGCACCUCUCUACAGGAAUCGAAGAUAUGGGGAUGUAGAAAUCUAACAUCCAUUCCAAUCUCACAGGGCCUUGCCUCUCUCCGCAAAUUGGAUAUUUGGAAGUGUGAUGGACUAUCUAGUAUUGGCAUACUCGAUCACUGCACCUCUCUACAGGAAUUGAAGAUACGGCGAUGUAGAAAUUUAACAUCCAUUCCAAUCUCACAAGGCCUUGCAUCUCUCCGCAAAUUGGAUAUUUGGAAUUGUGAUGGACUAUCUAGUAUUGGCAUACUCGAUCACUGCACCUCUCGACAAGAAUUGGAGAUAAGCGGAUGUGGAAAUCUAACAUCCAUUCCAAUCUCACAAGGCCUUGCAUCCCUCCGCGAAUUGGAGAUAGUAGAUUGUGAUGGAUUAUCUAGUAUUGGCCUACUCGAUCAUUGCACCUCUCUACAGGAAUUGAAGAUAUGGGGAGGUAGAAAUCUAACAUCCAUUCCAAUCUCACAGGGCCUUGCCUCUCUCCGCAAAUUGGAUAUUUGGAAGUGUGAUGGACUAUCUAGUAUUGGCAUACUCGAUCAUUGCACCUCUCUACAGGAAUUGAAGAUUCGGCGAUGUAGAAAUCUAACAUCCAUUCCAAUCUCACAAGGCCUUGCAUCUCUCCGCAAAUUGGAUAUUUGGAAUUGUGAUAGACUAUCUAGUAUUGGCAUACUCGAUCACUGCACCUCUCUACAAGAAUUGGAGAUAAGCGGAUGUGGAAAUCUAACAUCCAUUCCAAUCUCACAAGGCCUUGCAUCCCUCCGCGAAUUGGAGAUAGUAGAUUGUGAUGGAUUAUCUAGUAUUGGCCUACUCGAUCACUGCACCUCUCUUCAGGAAUUGAAGAUAUGGGGAUGUAGAAAUCUAACAUCCAUUCCAAUCUCACAGGGCCUUGCCUCUCUCCGCAAAUUGGAUGUUUGGAAGUGUGAUGGACUAUCUAGUAUUGGCAUACUCGAUCACUGCACCUCUCUACAGGAAUUGAAGAUACGGCGAUGUAGAAAUCUAACAUCCAUUCCAAUCUCACAAGGCCUUGCAUCUCUCCGCAAUUUGGAUAUUCUAAGAGUGUGGUGGGUUAACAGCCCUACCGUGCGGGAUUGAAAACUGUCCCUCGCUUCAGGAAUUAAUGAUAUCCGGUUGCUCAAGUCUAGAGACCAUUUCGUUUACACGUGUCCUCCCAUCUCUCCUCAAAUUGCAAGUUUACAGCUGCGAUGAAUUAUCUUGCUUGGCUAUCAUCGAAUACUGUCCCUCGCUUCAGGAAUUGAGUGUAAGAAAAUGCCCCAAGCUAGCAUCCAUUUCAUUUUCUACGGAUUUGAAUCCAUGUCUUAAGGAGUUGCAUAUAAAGGAUUGCAAUGGUCUAUCAUCUCUUCCAGAUUUCGACAGUUUCACUUCCUUCCACAAAUUGGAUAUUUUGAAGUGUGGUGCCAGUGGUGGGUUAACGGUCCUACCGUGCGGGAUUGAAAACUGCACCUCUCUUCAGGAAUUAAUGAUAUCGGAUCCGGAUCCUCUCUAACCCAACAAUCUACCUAAGCUACCUAAGCUUUGAGUGAGGUGAUGACACAUGACUUUUAUGAGAUCCAAUGGUCUACAACAAACUCACAUGAUUUUUCUCUCUUAUUUUUAACUUUUAUUUUGUCUCUUCCCAACCUUGUUUCUUCUGUCUGUACUUUAUCUUUUCACUUCUGUUCUUUCUCUCUCUCUUUCUUUCUGUUCUUCUAUCUUAAUUACUAGACCCAAAAUCUCAUACUUCUAUCACCACCCCUGUGCGCUCUUCUUAAGUAGUGGACCUGGGUCUAUGUAUGAAUUUGAGUAUUACAUACUGAAAGAAGACUAUAGAAGCUGAGA